AUGGCACAACUGCUUCCGGUUCGGCCGAGCGCGCGGCGGGAAAUUAUUUCCCAGAGCCCGGAUUAGUGGAGCCCUGAAGUGGCGAGCUGUGCUGCGGCAGUCCUCGCUCGCGUUAGCGCCGCUACCCGAGGGAAGCAGCUGUAACACUUCGGCCUGGAAGAUGGAAGAUAAUGCCCCAAAGCAUGUCAUCCAGAUGACAGGAUUUAAGAUGGAAGAAAAGGAAGCUCUAGGCAAAUUGCUUCUAAAGCUAGAUUGCACUUUUAUUAAGAGUGAGAAAUACAAAAAUUGUACACAUCUUAUAGCAGAACGCCUAUGUAAAAGUGAAAAAUUUUUAGCAGCUUGUGCAGCAGGAAAAUGGGUACUAACUAAGGACUACAUAAUUCACAGUGCCAACAGUGGCAGAUGGCUUGAUGAAACAACUUAUGAAUGGGGAUAUAAAAUUGAAAAAGACUCCCAUUUUUCACCUCAAAUGCAAUCUGCACCUAAAAGAUGGCGCGAGGAGCUGAAACGCACUGGUGCUCCAGGUGCCUUCCACAGGUGGAAAGUUGUCCUCCUUGUUAGAGCUGAUAAACGAAGUGAUUCUCUUUUAAGAGUUUUGGAGGCUGGAAAGGCAAAUGUUAUUUUACCAAAAAGUUCACCAACUGGAAUAACUCAUGUAAUUGCUAGUAAUGCAAGAAUCAAUGCUGAAAAAGAAAAAGAUAAUUUUAAGGCUCCGUUUUACCCAAUUCAGUAUCUAGGGGAUUUUCUUUUAGAGAAAGAAAUGCAAAAUCAUGAUGAAGAUGUUAUUGUUAGUUCUGCUGUGAAUGAACGUCACAAAAGAGCAAAAUUCAGGGAAACAAGAGAUUUGAAAUUUCUUAAAAUGAGAAAUACCUUAGGAAGUCAUACAUAUGGAAAUCAGAAAGAAACAACAAAAAAAAAUGAAGAUAUUCAAAGGAGUUAUACUUUGAGGAAAAAACUCAAAAAAGAAAUUGAUUGCAAGAAAGACUUCGAACAUGACAGAAUUAAAAGAACCUUAAGAAAACAUGUAUAUUACACAGAUCAGAAAGAAAUGAACAAUUCUGUUUUCACUGAUUAUGCCAAAGAAUCAAAACCCAAGGAUAUCAGGAAAGAUAUGGAUAUCAGUGAAAUAAAAAAUGUCUUAAGGAAGCACAUAUAUAGAGCGCAGGCUGUCAGAUACAACUGCAUUAGAAUAGAGAAACAACCAGUAUACAAUGCAGAGGUUAAAAAUGCAGAAUUUCCCAGAGGCAUAUUAAAUUUAAUUGAAAGCCUCAUAGAAGGACAGUUUUUUAAAGAAGCAAUGGAAGAGCUUUCCUCCCUGCAAGCACACUAUAUCCCUCCUGUAUGCCUGCUUCAUGCUCUUCUAGACAACGUUCUACAGGAUAACAUAGAUACAUUUUCUGGUCGAUACUUUGAUAUAUUGUCAGCUCUUCUUCGUCUACAUCCUCCUUGGAAGUCCCCAGCCAUGUCAAGAUAUUACUUAGAGUUGUUUCAGUGUCCAAAUUGUACAAAAGGAGCUUGGUCUCUAGUAGAAGCACUUAUCAGAUCGUGUCUUUUUAAUGAAAAUUUUUGUCAUGAAAUUUCACAAAACAUUACUGACUCUAAGGUGCUGCACCUUACACUGCUCAAAUUUUUCUUCAAUUUGGUUGAAAGUGAAGUACAGCAUCUUAGUCAAAAGUUGUAUGACUGUUCAGAGUCUCAUGGUGUGAAAAUAACGGGAAAGGCAGUUCUUCAUGAAAUCUUUUGGUCAGGAAAUGAAACUUCUGGGCUUUUGACCAAGCCAGUAAAUAUGCUUUUGGAAUGGACUAUAUAUUCUUACAAGGAAAAAUGCAAAUCUGAUGAUGUCUUCAAACAUGAACUAACUUACUUAUUGACUGGAAUUCUUGGAGCAACAGUAGAUUAUUGGAUCUUCCUUGGUCUUAAGAUGGGUAGAAAUGUGAUGCGACACUUGUCUGAUGACUUCGGAAGUUAUAUUUCCCUUGCAUGUGAUGACUUUUCUUCACGAGAAUUAGAGAUUUUCAUUUGCUCCUUUUCCUCCUCCUGGCUUCAGAUGUUUGUUGCAGAAGCAGUCUUUAAAAAGUUGUGUUUACAGAGCUCCAUUGGUAUUUCUUCUGAGCCACUCUCUCUUCAGAAAAUGGUAUAUUCCUAUUUGCCAGCUUUGGGGAAAACUGGUGUGCACAGGGCUGGGAAGGUGCAUUUACCAAAGAAAACAGGACAACGAAGUUGCCUUGAGUCUCAGAGAGCCUUACUAAUGCUGAAUGGAGCAAAGCGGAAGCCAGUGGAAGGGCCGCCCAGGUUUCCAGAGCUGAACCUUGCUAAAUGUUCCCCAUCAUUAAAAAAAUUUAAAAAGAAGUCAGAAGGAGAGUCACCAUGCUCCAAGGAGAAUUGCCCCAAUCUUAAAAAGAUGAAUAUUCACAAGACUAAUCUAAAAGGAGAAACAGCCCUGCAUAGGGCUUGCAUAAGCAACAAAGUGGACAAAUUGAUUUUACUUCUGUCUUUGCCAGGAAUAGACAUCAAUGUUAAAGACAAUGCUGGCUGGACGCCUUUGCACGAAGCCUGUAACUAUGGUAACACAGUGUGUGUCCAGGAAAUUUUGCAACGUUGUCCAGAGGUAGAUCUGCUCACUCAAGUGGACGGGGUGACUCCUUUGCAUGACGCACUGUCCAACGGACAUGUAGAAAUUGGCAAGCUGCUGCUGCAGCACGGGGGCCCAUUGCUUUUACAGCAGAGAAACUCUAAGGGGGAAUUGCCCUUGGAUUAUGUGUUGUCACCUCAAAUCAAGGAGGAGCUGUUUGCUAUUACAAAAAUAGAAGAUACAGUGGAGAACUUUCAUGUACAAGCAGAGAAACAUUUUUACCACCAGCAACUCGAAUUUGGUUCAUUUUUACUUAGUAGGAUGUUGCUAAAUUUUUGUUCAAUUUUUGAUUUGUCUUCAGAGUUCAUCUUAGCUUUCAAAGGGUUAACUCAUCUAAAUGAGCUGCUUAUGGCUUAUAAAAGUUACAAAGAAACCACCAGUACUCACACUGACUGGCUACUGGAUCUUUACGAUAGGAAUAUAAGGACACUAAAGAAGCUCCCAAAUAUCCUGAAGGAACUGCCUGAGCAUUUGAAGUUGUGUCCUGGAGUCCAUACCGAGGCCUUACUGGUGACUUUGGAAAUGAUGUGUCGGUCAGUCACAGACCUUUCGUGAUGGAGCCAGAAAGUAUGAGUCAACUUUGUAGACAUGUUCUGCCUGCUUUGUCAUUUAGAGAGGCUUCAGAGCUUACUGACAAAUACUAAUCCAAUUUAUUUAUUAAGUGACUGUUUAGAUUUGCUAGAUUUUAAAAACCCUUGAAAAAUUUCUGCAGAACUAAAAUGUAAGCUUCUAUUUCCAAGAUGUGGAAUUUGACUAAGAAGUUUUAAAAAAAUAGUUUUAUCUGAUAUGAAGUGUUUUAUUAAUCUUUUUGUUCUUAAAAUGACAUUAUUUAUACUGUACAUGUAAAAAGUUAAUUUAAAUGUUUUUUUAAAAAUCAAAAUGUCCUCUAUUUUAGGUGUUCUGGGUCUUAGCAUUAUGGCAAAGGUACAAAUGUGUAUCUAUACUAAUGUGUAUCUAUAAGUGUGUAACUAUAAACACCCUGUUUCUUCUCUAUAGGCUGAUGGGCUAAAAUAUGCUUUUAGUUUUGUGUGUUUCUAAAAUAAACAUUUCUAAAAUUUAAAAUAA